AUGGAAAUUGGGCCACGGCCAGUGGACUACGACGGCAGUGGGCGCCCAAUCAUUUCCAAUUCCAAUGAGGAUGGAUACCUUGUUGGUGAGAGGGAGGGUGAAGUGAAGUAUGAUUUAGGAACUCCAUCUCGUCCGCUGCGUCAGGGCCCAGUUGAAGACGAUAAUAACACAGUACCGUCUCCUUUGCAGCCCACGUUGGAACAUGCGGACAUCGCAAUGCUCACUAUUGAUUGGCAGCACUACUUAGUCACCGCCAUUUCCAACAUUGAACGCCACUUGGCUUCGGUGGAGAGCAGACUAAAUGCUAUUGAUCGCCGAGUAGCCGUGCUAAAGGAUGCUGUCCUCGGGCAACGGGAACCUACCGCUUCUGCGACGGCGUUCUGCAUAGCGAUGUGCCAGGUUUCGCCGUCUAAAUCGUGUUUGGACGAGGAACAACUCGAAGAAAAUCAAUAUUGGGAGCAUACGGUAAUUUAUAUAUUAAUACAAGUACAUCGGCGUACAGUUAGUAUGGAGCAACUUUAG